AUGGCAAAUAUUUGGGCAAAAUUGAAAGCCCUAAAGAAGAUCUUGAAAACUGUAAACAAGGAGGAAUUCCAAAACAUCUCCACUAGAAUAACUGAAGGUAGACUUGAACUAAUCCAAACACAGAAGCAGAUUAAUCAACAAUGCACAGAUGAACUUCUUAACAAAGAAAGUCAAGCACUAAUGAAUAUUGAGAAAUGGAACCUAGUGGAAGAAAGUGCACUCAGACAAAAAUCUAGAGCUAAAUGGAUAAAGCUCGGAGACAACAAUAACAAGUAUUUUUCAGCAAUGAUCAAGGAGAGAACGAAUAAGAAAAUGAUGCUAGAACUCACUUCACUCAAUAGAAUAAGCCUCAAAACACCAGCAACUAUUAAAGAGGAAGUCACUCAGUUCUAUAAAGCUCUCAUGGGAUCUAGUAGUACAGAAUUACAAGUUGUUGAUAAGAAGACUAUGAGGAGAGGAGCUACAAUCACAUAUGAACAAGGAGCUGAACUAUGUAGAGAUAUUACAGAUAAAGAAAUCUGGAAUGCAUUAGCUUCUAUUGGGGAUGAUAUAUCACCUGGAGUAGAUGGAUAUAAUGCCUAUUUUUAUAAGAAGACUUAG